AUGUCUCCAAGCAACACUGCUUGGAGGCAAUGGAAAUCAACAAUACAUGAAAUCCUUUCACAAGUGUCAGCAAUCAUACCAGGAGAAUUGGCCAGAAAGGCCAGUCCUUAUGCCAAGAUGUUUUUCAUGAAUGAUGAUACAAGACUCUUCAUGGACAAGGCCAUUAUUCAGUGGAAAAACAACAUAUGCACAUGUAUCACUGAUGGAAGUGCUUUUACCUCUUUUUUCAUGCAUGAGCAUGACACAGAUGGGAAAAUUGUCUGUUGGUAUGGAAACCAACACCUCAAAGACUUCCACAUUAACUUCUGGUAUACUGCUGAGCUGACUCCCAUGAAGGUCAGGGCUGCCAAGGAUAUACACACAACACCAUUGCAGAUGUAUGCCCUAACUGCUGUAGCAUGUACUACCACUCUCUUCUCGAAGCAACUCAGAACCCCACUAUCAGCAUGGCAGUUAAUCACCAUCUGCUGUGGCUUCAUCAAUGCAGAUUCUAUACCCAUCGUUCAUCGAACUACAUUGCAUGAGGAGAGUGCAUCAGGGAGCAUGUCACAGGCCAGACCCAGCUCUUCUGCAAGCUGGUCCAUGGGUGUCAAAGGAUAUGAACUGUUUUCUUACGAUUAUACUUAUGAGAUGUAG